AUGGCGAAUCUCAUACCAGCAGAGAUCGAGCGGUUUAAGAACGCUAAGUGUUGUUACGUUUGUGAACAACCGUUCGAGCGAGAUGACAAUAGGGUGCGCGAUUACCGUCAUCUAACGGGGCGUUUCAGAGGACCCGCGCACUUCGCGUGCAAUCUGAAUUACAAACAAGUCUACGUUGUUCCCGUUGUGUUCUACAACUUGUCCGGAUAUGACGCGCAUUUUAUUAUCAAGGAUGUGGCUACCGCUUUCGAAGGUAAGAUCAACGUGCUGCCCGUGACGAAAGAGACCUACAUAUCGUUCACAAAAUACGUGAACAGUAUGCGAGACGAAGACAAACAGAGGUGCGUGCAACUGCAAUUUAUCGAUUCUUACAAAUUUCUGAGCACAAGCUUAGAAAAGCUCGCGUCCUAUCUCGACAAAAGCAAACUGCGUGUGACUCAAACGGAAUUCAGAGAUCUCUCCACCAAGGACUUUGAACUGCUAACGCGAAAAAGUGUGUUUCCAUAUGAAUAUGUGCACAGCGUCGACAAAUUGUUAGAAACAAGUUUGCUACUGCGCAAGGCGUUUUACAGUUUGCUGACCGGCGAGACUGUGACGGAGAGUGAGUACGCGCACGCGACGAAUGUAUGGCAACGAUUUAACAUCGAAAAUCUGAGAUCGUAUAGCAACUUGUAUCUGAAGACGGACGUACUUUUGCUGGCUAAUGUAUUUGAAAACUUUCGUCGCGAGUGCCUCGCGAGUUACGGAUUGGAUCCUUACUACACGUUGCUUGGGUAUACAUGGGACGCCAUACUGAAGUACACUUGUGUGACGUUCGAGCUGCUGAUCAACAUCGACAUGGUGAUGUUCGUGGAACGCGGCGUACGCGGCGGUCUGAGUCAAUGUUCGAACAGAUACGCCCGCGCGAACAACAGGUACGUGCGUUCGCACGAUCCAUCCGAACCGUCGUCGUAUCUGAUGUACUACGACGUAAACAAUCUCUACGGAUGGGCGAUGUGUCAGCCGCUUCCAUACGGUAACUUUGCAUGGGUGGAGAACGCGUACGAGUUUGAUGUAACAACCGUCGCGGCGGACAACGACAUCGGCUACAUACUCGAGGUCAAUCUAACAUAUCUGAAAGAACUGCACGACGCGCACAGAGACCUGCUUUUUUGUCCAACGCGGGAAGAGCCGCCUGGUAAACGCGGUAAGAAUCACGUCAAACUGCUCGCCACGGUGUUCAACAAGAAGCGUUACGUAAUUCACUAUUUCAAGAUUCACUGCCUGCAGCAGUGUCUGCGACACGGGCUUCGCUUAACACGAAUACAUCGAGUGCUGCGGUUUUCGCAAUCGCCUUGGCUGCGCGGAUACAUUGAGCUCAAUACCCAAUUCCGCGCGAACGCCGCCAACGAGUUUGCAAAAAAUCUUUACAAACUUAUGAACAACGCGGUGUUCGGCAAAACAAUAAAGAACGUGCGCAAGUAUACCGACGUACGAAUUGUUACAAAAUGGGAAGGACGAUACGGUGCGGAGGCGCUCAUUGCAAAACCAAACUUCCACAGCCGCAGCAAGUUCGCUGAAAAUCUGGUGGCCAUAGAACUGCGUCGCCUGGAAGUUUUGUUCAACAAACCGUUGUACGUCGGUAUGUGCAUACUCGACAUAUCGAAGACCUGUCUUUACAAAUUCCAUUAUGACCACAUGGCGCCGUUGUACGGUUACGAUUGCAAGAUCCUUUACACCGAUACCGACAGUUUAAUAUACCACAUAAAGUGCGAGGAUGUGUACGAGGAUAUGAAGCGCAAUAUCGCUCGUUUUGAUUAUCCAGGGGAUAAUCCAUACAACAUGCCUUGCGCGAACAAGAAGGUACUUAUGAAGGGACUUAUAAAGGAUGAGAACAACGGCGCUGUUAUGACGGAGUUUGUGGAGUUGCGCGCAAAGAUGUACGUGACUCGAGUGAGCGACAGCAAGUGCAUAAAGAAGGUAAAGGGUGUGAAGAGGAGCGUUGUCGCGAGAACGAUCAUCUUCGACGACUACGUGCGGUGUCUGCGGGACGCGACUGAACUAACGCGACAGCAGUCGUGCAUACGAUCCCAGCUGCAUGAGGUGUUCACCGUUUUGGAGAGGAAGCUCGCUCUGAGUCCGCACGACGACAAGCGGUACGUCGUCCAAGGAUCAACCGACACUUUACCCUGGGGUCACUACAAUAUCUCUGACUAA